AGUCUUCCCUUUCCUUUUCUCCGCGGAAAUCCCAGAACCCCCCAGCCCCUAUACCUCUCAAUUGUCGUUUUUUUUUUUGGGAAUUUUCCCUUUAUUUUGGGGGGGAAAGAUAACAUAUUUUGAGUAGAACAUCUUUGAUUGCAUCUGGGUCUUUCUUAAUCUUGAGGUUUUGGGUUCGGUUUGGUGGUUUCUUGGAGGAUUUAUUGUUGUUGAGAAAUGGGAAGUAGAAGAGAAGAAGAGAGAAACGAGAAAAUAAUAAGGGGCCUCAUGAAGCUGCCUCCUAAUCGUAGGUGUAUCAACUGCAACAGCUUGGGACCUCAGUAUGUUUGUACGAAUUUUUGGACUUUUGUUUGUAUGACCUGCGGUGGAAUACAUCGUGAGUUUACUCAUCGUGUGAAGUCUGUUUCCAUGUCUAAGUUUACUUCUCAGGAAGUUGAUGCUCUUCAAAAUGGCGGUAAUCAGCGUGCACGAGAAAUUUAUCUGAAGGAUUGGGACAUGCAAACACAACGGUUGUUUAGUAGCAGCAAUGCUGAUAAAGUCCGCGAGUUUAUAAAGAAUGUAUAUGUGGAUAGAAAUUAUGCUGGAGGAAAGAGCUCAAAUAAGCCUCCAAGAGAUAUGCAGGGCCUUAAAAACCAUGAAGAUGAUACAAGGCGUGCCAGUUCUUAUCAUUCAUAUUCUCAAAGUCCACCUUAUGAUUAUCAGUAUGAAGAUCGCCAUUGCAGAAGACAAGUUGGUUCCUUUUCUAGAAAGCCUGGUUCAGAUCGAGGAUAUUACAUUGGGAAAAUUUCUAGUUUAAUUGGCAGUCCGGGUAGCUUAAGUGAUCAAACAUUUGAGGAGAGUUUCGCAAAUGAGGGUUCUGCUCCUAGGGCUUCAGACUACUCACUGUUUAGUGGUGGUGAUCCCUUCAGACAUGGCACAGACUCUCCAAGUUUUCAGGACAGUGGAUUUAGUAGCCCAACUAGUCAGCCUUCUAGAGAGGUUUUAAGUGAAGAUACAAGGCAUCAAACAAUCAAUUUAUUUGCUGAGCCAAAUCCCCCCAUAGCUGCACAAGGGAAUCCCCAUAUGCAGAGAACCACAUCCUCAGCAAGCACUGGAUCAUUUGAUAGCAACUUUACAUCUUUCAAGUCAUAUAAUACAAGCAGUAUGGUUGAUGUUGUCACAGAAUCUCACCAAACUGUUGGAUCCUAUCAGGAUAAUGCAUCUACUUUUCCACGAUCAUCUGCUCCUGUGAAUUAUGGUGGCCUGGAUCUUUUUAAUGCACCAGAGUCUUCUGCACCUCCCCCAGCUGAUUUUUUUCUACCUGCAGCAUCAUCAGUUCCAUCUACAGAAAUGUUCCAACCAGCUACAGUUCCAGCCACAAGUUUGCAUCAACUUCCUCAAAUUACUCCAUCCAUAGACUUAUUUGCUCAGAUUGCUGAGCAUUCCUCAGCUGUGAAAUUGGAUGUUAAAUCACCAGAAUUAUCUAUACCUAAGAAUGAAGGUUGGGCCACAUUUGAUACUCAGCCUGCAGCAUCCAAUCCAGGGAUUGAAAAUCAUUCUGCUGAAAUGCUCUGCAAUGGAGAUUUUUCAUUAAAUUUUGAUAAUUUUUCAUCCUUAAAUGCAAGUACGCCAUGGCCACUGUUUGAAGGCCCUGGUGCUGCUGGUGCUGGGGCUGCUUCGUCAGUAUCUAGUCCAUGGCAGGAAGGCUUGCACAAUGUUCAAGCUCCAACAGUUGCAGCAAGCACUCAGUCAUGGAAUUCUUUUGAAGAUUUUGUUGGACAGAAUUCUCUGGAGGGUGUUAAGCAAAAGCAAAGCAAUGAAAGAGAUGUACUAGCAUACAGGUCUUCAGUAAUUGCUGAUCACAAUCCAGGCCUAGGAGUUUCAGAGGAUUCUAACAAUCAUGGGAUUCAAAGAGCUGCCUAUCAUCCAGGGACAUUUGUUUCCACUGUAUCAUCGGACUUUGGCAUGACACCAUUUUCUAGUCCAUCGAUGUUUCAUCUUGUGGGAGAAAAACAAUCGCAUGCUGCUGAUCAGAAAUCAAAUAAUCCAUUUGAUCUUCCUUAUGAUUCUGACAUGGAACAUAGCAACAUGUUUUUUGAUAUGAGUUCUCUACAAGCUGCACUUCCUAAUUUUGAAAUGUCAUCUACCCUUGUUACUGGUGUGUCUGAACAAUGGUUUCCGCACAAUCCAGUGACACCUUUUAUCCCAGCAGUGCCACAAGGUGGCCUAGCAUAUGUACCAGGGCAACCACAAAGCUCUCAAUUACUGAAUGUCCAGGCACAGGGACCUGUUGCUUCUGUUGGAGGAAAUCCCUUUGCAUAAAAUUUCAAAGGUGGUGGCAGUAUUCUAGUGCCAAUGGUAGCAUUUGAAUCCAAAUUAUUUUGGUACCAUUCUUUUUGAGUUCUUUACCAAUUUACUAGUGUUGAAAUAUCACAGUUUUUGAUUACAUUCAAUCCAGGUCGCAUGUUUGUAUGUGAAUUAUGUUUGUAAUGUUGGCCUAACAAAAAUAUAUUAGGAAUGGUGAUGGAUAAGGUAGUGCAGCAGCAGAAAUUGGAUUUCCCAUGAACAUGUAUUUGACAACACUCUUUUAUAUGUACAAGAAAUUUGUUAAUCUAAAAAUGAAGAUUAGUGUUAUUA